GUUAGCACGCUGAGUGUGAUUCAGGCACGGUUUUAGCCGUGUUAACGAGUUUAUAUUAUUGACUGAAUAUGCAAAUAUUAAAAGAAUUAGACGUGCACCCAAAAGUGCGUGAAGAAGCAGAUAUUCUCGUGCGAACUUUCAGUGGUGCUGUUGUGACAAUUAUUAGUACUAUUAUUAUGGGUAUUUUGUUUCUAUCUGAAGUAAAUUAUUAUCUUACACCAACCCUGAGUCAGGAACUGUUUGUAGAUACUUCAAGGGGUUCAAAGUUAAGAAUUAACUUAGAUAUAAUUGUACCUGCAGUAUCUUGUGAUCUUUUAUCGAUAGAUGCAAUGGACACAACAGGUGAACAACAUUUACAAAUUGAACAUAAUAUCUUUAAAAGACGUUUAGACUUAAAUGGGAAACCCAUAGAAGAUCCACAAAGAACAGAUAUUACUGACACAAAAGCACUUAGUAAAACAGUAACAAAGACAGUAGAGAGUAGUACUGAAAAAAUAUGUGGGGAUUGUUAUGGAGCUGCUAGCGAAGUUAUCAGGUGUUGUAAUACUUGCGAAGAAGUAAGAGAUGCUUAUAGGCUUAAAAAGUGGGCAUUUCCACCUUUAGGGGAAAUAAAACAAUGUCAAAAUGACAAAUCAGUGGAAAAAAUGAAAAUUGCAUUUACACAAGGGUGUCAAAUCUAUGGUUAUAUGGAAGUGAAUAGAGUAGGUGGAAGUUUUCACAUUGCACCAGGAGAUAGUUUCUCUGUGAAUCACGUACAUGUGCAUGAUGUUCAGCCAUAUACAUCAACACAAUUUAACAUGACCCACAAAAUUCGCCAUUUAAGUUUUGGACUAAAUAUUCCAGGAAAAACAAAUCCUAUGGAUGAUAUCACAGUAGUUGCAAUGGAAGGUGCAAUGAUGUUUUAUCAUUAUAUUAAAAUUGUACCGACGACCUAUGUACGUGCAGAUGGUUCUACAUUAUUGACAAAUCAAUUUUCUGUAACUCGACACGCCAGACAAGUGUCUUUGUUUAGUGGUGAAUCAGGAAUGAUAAAAUACACAGAAAAAGCAAAAUCGUUUGGCCAUUUCGCAACAAAUGCGUGUGCAAUUAUCGGUGGUGUGUUUACAGUUGCUGGAUUAAUAGAUUCAUUGUUGUAUCAUUCGAUCAGAGCAAUACAGAAAAAAAUAGAAUUGGGAAAGUAUAAUUAA